AGGGCUUCAGACGCAGCGGAGGUCGCGAGGCUGCUGCUGAAUUAUAAUUGAGACGCGGAGCCGCCACGAACAAGGAGCUUUCUCAUGUGUGAGAGACUCAUUUACGCACAUUUUGUUGAUGGAAGCUAACUCCCGGAAGGGAUUCAGGCUUGUUCUGUUGCGCCGGAUUCUUUUUUUUUUUUUUUUUUUACUCCCAUUUCUGUCAGCUUGGUUUUGUUGAGGAAGAAGACCGUGGAGACCUUCGAAGACAUCGGUCAUGCUCUCUGGUUUCAGUUUUAGUCACCUGAGCAGCGAUGCUGUGGUUCCCCCCGUGUGUCCUGUGAACAACAGAUAUAUCUACUGCUGAUUUGAUUUAAAAAAAAAAUGCAACUCCGUCCACACCUCAAGAACACAUAUGGCUGCAAGGUAACAGCGUGGCUGAGAGAGUUGUGAAGUCCCCAGAUUUACAUCACAUGGAGGUCAAAGGUCAUCUGAUCACAUCCAUGGGUUUGGGGACUCCUGAUGUUCAAGGCUGCCAGAACAGCAAGCUGCAGGCUGAGAGGAUCGCAGCUCUGCAAGACAGAAAGCAGGCCCUGGAGGCUCUCCUCAACGCAAGAGUGGGGGAGCUCAAACAAGUCUGUUUACAGGAAGCAGAGCUGACGGGGAAGUUGCCACGAGUGUUCCCUCUGGAGCUGGGAGAGAAACCCCCAGUGGUGCAGCGCAGGUCUGGCUUAGCGCCGAGCACCAAGGCAGAGGAUGACUCUGUCCAGAGAAAGCAGAUGAAAGCAAUCUUCACGGGCGCUCUGUGCAGGAACUCUGAAUUCGACCGAAAUGGCCCGAAUAGCAAAAGGACAGUCCAUCGGGGAUGUCAUACAGAAGACACCGUGAUGUCAGAAAGUACCAGCUCUAUGUCAGAUUCAACAUCGCAUGACAACGACUCCUCGCCGAGCGUAGCAGCUGACCAGCGCUCUCUGUCCCAGCCCCGGCUCACUGUGGGCAGUCCUGACCACAGAAUCAGCAGGAAGCUCUCUCCUGUAGAGAUUUACUACGAGAUGAGGACGCGCCGUAACUCUGUCACCAGCUCUGUUAGCCCAACCCACUCUUUACCCAGAAGUACUUCUAACGUUGAAGGUAGAAGUGUUCCAGCCACUCCGAUGUUGGCCAGAACUGCUCCAAUCAGUGUUCACAUCAGGUCAGACGCAUCAAACAGUAAUGGGUUGAAACAGUGGUCAGGCAGCCUGGAUGUACCGUAUAUGAUUCCACUGGCUCCAGAGGGCUCCUCUUCAGAUCGACGAAGCUGCCCCUACAGCUCCCGAGCGAGGCGCAGCAACAGCUCCGAGGCUCUCCUGGACAGAUCUAGCCUCCCAGAUGAUCCUGAACCCAGGAMUGGUAUGCCUCAGAGGGGUGGGCCCUACAAGAGCUCAGAGACCCUGACUGAUGGUAAACUGAGGCACAUUCAUCUGGGAAGCCCAGACAAACACGUGGACAAUUCGAUGAAGCAGGUUAAAAUGCGUCUGUCAAUGGGGGGCAGAGGGACCAGUGAAGGCUACAAUGACAUUUUGAUGGACUAUAUCUGGGGUAAACAGCAGAAGAUGCAGGUGCAGCAGCACCUGUAUCAGUCMACAGGCAGAAUCUGGCAAGACAUGUCCUCCCCUCGGUCCUCCACCGCAGCGGCGCCUCCUCAAACGAACGGAUUCUCCCAUUCCCAGGUSCAUCUUCCCAGUGCUGCAACUCCUUACAGCCCCAUGGUCCUCAGAGGGUCCCAAGCUGAGCUACGUAGAGUCAAAGUCACCAGGACCAAAUCUUGUGGACCUUUUAUUCCUUUGCAACAACAUCCACARGAUGGCAUCUUGCUAUCAGCGUACAAGUCCCCACUUCCUGCCACUGGCACCACCACAUCCUCCAUCCCUAACCUGCAUCCCUACCAGACUGAGCUGUCCGUUCCCCCCUUCAGCCGUAGACCCCCCCAGUUUUCUCUCCCAACUCCAGAAGAYUCCACAAGAAGCCUGCAUAAAGCACUGGCUUUAGAGGGAUUGAGAGAUUGGUAUCUGAGGAAUGCUUUCGGCUACCCUUCUGCUGCCUCAAAGGGCCAGGAGGCAGGAAUCUCCUGUCUCUCACACCCGCAUCCCCUGGUGCACCAAGCCCAGUCUCUUCAAGGUGAAGCAGCCAACCCCCAGAGGCCUCAGAUCCCUCAGUCAGCCAGCUUCCAUGGACACCCACUACAUGGACGGUCGAUGGAGUUUUCACUUUAUCAGGAGACUCCAGACCCACAGAAGCAAGAGGUGACUCCCAGCGAARCCAGUGCGGACCCAGGCACGCUGGUCUGAAGCAGCAGACCGCACCCACACGUACAACCACACGCUGCGAUGGAUGAGUAGAAACACUGUAGCAUCGUGCAGACUUGAUUCUGUGCAAGUUGAUGUAAUGUGACCUCAGCAACUAAGCAAAACACAACAACCUCAGUCAAACUAAACCUAAAUGUAGCUGUGUGCUGUACAGUUUGAAAAAAGCCUCGGAGGUUUCCGUGUGUUAGAUCCGAGUCCAACAGUGAACUUUAAAAACCAGUGUUCCCAUAUGGAUGUGCACUGGUGCUGACAUGUGGAGCAUCUGAUACCAGUAUAGUCAUGUUCUAUUGUUCUUUGUAUAUAAACACUUUUGGUCCAAUGCAAGCAGUAAGGUCCUUCCUAACAGCCCUGAAAAGUUUCCCAACAUAUAAUUUUUUUACAGAAUAUAUACAACUUUAAAUUACUAUUUUGUAUCUUCUGGUAUAUAGAGAAAAGUUAUAUUAAAAGGGGUAAUUUAUUGGUCUUUACCUGUGUGACAAACAGAAUCAUUAUCACUGUUCACUCGACUACUAGUAUUGUUACAUACCAUUGAAUGUUCAUUUUUAAACUGUAAAAAGAAGCAGAAACGUGCCGUUGUUUAACCUCCAUCAAUUUUACAUCCUUGAUUUUUUUAUUCUACAUUUAAUAAAAUGAGAAGGGCCAGGGAAUGUAGCAUAGCAGUAUGCAGGUGGGAGUGCCUAAAUGUUUUACUUGUUUAACUAAAUUGUUGGUAUAAAACUUUAAAGUGUGAAUAUUAA